CCAAAGUUUGGUUGGCAGCUCUGCUUCAAGUUUCCGAUCCAAAGAGGAAUGUGCCUUUCGUAUCCAGUUUGAGAAAGCUCCUGGACGACCGCCGAUCCUUUGCUACAUUGGUUUGUUGUCACCAGUAGACAGUCCCUGCUCUUUACGAAAAUGGGUCGUGUUCGUACGAAGACAGUGAAGAAAGCCGCAAGGGUGAUCAUCGAAAAAUAUUACACCAGAUUGACGCUGGAUUUCCACUCCAACAAGAGAAUUUGCGAAGAAAUCGCAAUUAUCCCCAGCAAGCCCCUGAGGAACAAAAUCGCUGGUUUUGUUACUCAUUUGAUGAAGAGGCUGCGCCACAGCCAAGUCCGCGGCAUUUCGAUUAAGCUGCAAGAAGAGGAGCGUGAGAGGAGAGACAAUUAUGUCCCUGACGUUUCGGCUCUUGAAAGCGACAUCAUUGAGGUCGAUCCCGAAACUAAGGAAAUGCUGAAGAUGCUGGACUUCAGCAACAUCUCCGGUCUUCAGCUGACCCAGCCAAACACCCAGGGAGGCUUCCCCAGGAGGAACUAAAUGUAAUAGUUAUUAAUAAAAACUCAAAAAAUCAUAAA